AGCGCGCCCAGAGCGUGUGGAAGCUGGGCGGGAGCCGGGUGCCCCCGGACCAGCUUCCUGAGGAGGAAGGCGGCUCGGGUUCUGGGCCGCCCGCCGCCUGCUGUCGCCUGUGCUGCCGUCGCCGGGCAGGGCAGUCGAAGUGAAGUAGGGCCAGUCAGACCCUCAGGACCACCAGGUAAACUGGUGACAUGGGAGAAAGGGGUGAUCGUGGCCUUCCAGGAAGAGGUCCCAAAGAUGGGCCCAGAGCUACAGGUCUCCCAAGUGACCCGGGUCCUGCCAGCUAUGGGAGGAAUGGCCGGGAUGGUGAGCGAGGCCCCUCAGGGGUGGCGGGCAUCCCUGGUGUGCGUGGCUCCCCAGGACCUCCUGGCCCUCCUGCUUUCUGCGAGCCAGCCUCCUGCACCAUGCAGGCUGGUCAGCAGGCAUUUAGCGAAGGUCCUGACUAGUGAAAGGCUUAGUGCUGCACCGCUGUCGGCGUAAACCACGCUUGGAGAGGAAGCUUGGGAGAGAAGCACUGCCAGAAGCGAGGGCAGGGGGACGGUGCCUCACCUUCAGGUUUAUUCUGAAGACCCACCUGACAAUCAGAAAUCCUCUUGCCUUUCCUGUGGACGGGAGCCAGCAGAGCCAUCAGUGGCACAAACAAAACCCCUCCCUUGUAGUAAAUUUACAGUCCUGUCCCCAGGACCUUAGGCCUUAGCGUGCAUACACGUUGUGGGCCACUGCGCCAGGAAGCAAGAACAACGGUUUGGAUACCUCAACUGCGGUGGUUACUUUCCUUUUGUAUUUGGAUGUUGUUCCGGCGCUGUAGAGGAUUACCGGACUAGGUACCAAGAGACCCCACUACGGAUGAUAGAAUCGGUGCUCAAACUCCCCAUCAGUGUGCGCGCUCGGGAGUUGCAGGGAAGGCUGGACCACAUGGAGUGACUUCCUUACAGCUGUGGUGGUUUUCACAGUCAGCGUGGAUUUUUUUGAACUGUACUGCAUCUCCAACCUGUUAAUAUUUUGGGCUCUUCUAUGUGAAAGCAAAGAAGGAAUUUUAAUAUCCUACCAUUCAUAAGUUUUAUUGAUGAGGCUAUUUAUUUUAAAGGUUUGAGGUAGCAUCUCUGGUUGUACCAAAGAAGCAAUAAAUACGAUUUCUUAACCUUG